AACAGAAACUAAUAUAGCUGCGUAGGUGAUAAUAAUGGGAAGGGACCCGCAUAUGAUUACGAUUUUCAUUUUAUUAAGGUCCUCCAAUCUUCACUCAGCCCCCACCCAAUCGUAACCGUCGUUUGCAACGGUCCUGCACUGUUCUUCUACCCUUGCCGCCACCACCAAACGACGCCGUCGGAGAGCAAUGGGGAUGGAUUACUACAACAUACUCAAAGUGAAUCGAAACGCCAGCGACGAUGAUUUGAAAAAAGCCUACAAGAGACUCGCUCGUAUUUGGCACCCCGACAAAAACCCCGUUAACAAGACCGAAGCUGAAGCCAAAUUCAAACGAAUAUCCGAAGCCUACGACGUUUUGAGCGAUCCGCAGAAGCGUCAGAUCUACGAUCUCUACGGCGAGGAGGCACUUAAAUCGGGUCAGUUCCCGCCACCUUCCCAAUCCUCCUCUUCUUCGUCCUCUUCACGCGCUUUCCAGAACCACCAUCACCGCCAGAACGCUACCACGUCGUUUCGCUUCAACCCCCGCGACGCCGACGACAUUUACGCCGAAUUUUUUGGCGCGGAUGCUGCCGACGUCGGCGCUGGCGCCUCUUCCCGCCGUGACGGCUUCUUCCGUACCUCGAAUGGCGCCGCGUUUGGCGCCACGGGAAGGAAGGCUGCCGCGGUGGAGAACGCGCUUCCCUGUAGCUUGGAAGAGCUUUACAAAGGCGUCAAGAAGAAAAUGAAGAUCUCCAGGAACGUCUACGAUGCUUUCGGCAAAGGUCGGAAUGUGGAGGAGAUUUUGACUAUUGAGAUAAAACCGGGCUGGAAGAAAGGAACCAAGAUUACCUUUCCAGAGAAGGGUAACCAGGAGCCCGGUGUCAUCCCAGCUGAUCUUAUUUUUGUGAUAGAUGAGAAACCACAUGCUCUGUAUAGAAGGGAUGGUAAUGAUCUGGUGAUCAACCAGGAGAUAACCCUUCUUGAGGCCCUUACAGGUAAAACAUUGGAUCUCACCACCUUGGAUGGAAGGAGUCUCAUGAUCCCAUUGACAGAUAUUGUCAAACCUGGUGCCGAGGUUGUUGUCGCUAAUGAAGGAAUGCCCAUAUCAAAAGAGCCUGGAAGGAAGGGGAAUUUGAGAAUUAGGCUUGAUGUUAAGUAUCCCUCAAGGCUAACACCUGAACAGAAGUCUGAUCUGAGGAGAGUUUUAGGUGGCAUCUCAUAAAUGAGUUUGGUAUUUGGUGUCACUGGUGGAUGCACAUUGUAAAUAUAUCAUGUGCAGAGUGUUGAUGCAUGUGAAUAACAGGAAUACUCUACGGGUGAAUUUGAGUAUAAAGGGAUAACCUACGGUGAACCCUUAACUUUUGGACUUUUUUGCAGGAUAGGAAACAUAAUCGACUUUUUGGAAAUGAGUGGAAGCGUCAAUCUUAGUGAAACAAAUAGGUAGGUAAAUUCAACUUAGUUUCCAUCGUUUUGCUUCAACUUAUUUUGCCUUUUGAUCAAACUCGUGAAGAUUAUUAGUCUUAAUAGGAUCACAAUGAAUCAUGUUCAUACCAUGAGAAUUGUAUAUAUUGAUUGUUUAUUGAUUGGAGGUUACUUUAUUGAUAUGCUGUUCUUUUAAAAUUUAAAGUCCAACAUGGAAUCGUGGUCUAUGAUUUUAUUACAGGUUCGUGAUUUCUGCCAUAAAAAAACUUGAUGCAUAUCGAGCAAAGUUUUCCUUUGAAUUUUCUUUGUUGAUCAGCUGUUGUGCUUGUGUUUAGAAAUGUUAUAUUUGUCUCUAUCAACUCUCAAGUUCCACCGUAUUACAUCUCAUGAAUAUGUAGAAACGCUUUAUAUAUGAUUGUUUUAUCCACUUCAAACGCUUAAUCUUAGGAAAGUUUACUUAAAUUUCUUUUCCAAUUUAAAUAAUCCGUACUAGCGGUGGAGAUUGUAC